UUUGCCAUGUGAUUUUACCCGCGGAGGAUUUUCUUCUUUUUUUGAAAAUUAUUUAAAAACACAAAAUGACCGAUUCAUAUUGGUCAAAUUUUUCACCAAUACCAAGUUCCCGAUUGAUUAGAAUUGCUGAUAAUGAUAAUGAUGAUGAAAUUGAUAAAAUUAUUGAUAAUCAUUUAUAUGGUCGUUCAAUACAGAUAUUUUCAACAAAUAUUUUGUUUCAACAACAGGUGAAAAAUUUCCUCGUUGAUCAUAAUGAAAUGGGAUUUUUAUUCGUAAAAAAUCUACCAAUUUUUCUAUUGAUUCAAGAUGAAUUUAUCCAAACCUAUUGGAAUAAUGGUAAUGUUUAUGGUUUGUCGGUCGAUCAAGAUGUUAAUACUGAAAAUACAAUGGCCAUUAUUGAUCGAAAACGUAUAUUAUUAUCACUGAAUUCGCAAACAUAUCAUCGAUUAGGUAUUAUUGGCAAGGAAUCGAUUAUGAAUCGUACAAAAUGUUUAACACCAAAAUAUCGUAUUGUAAUCGAUUUGGAUAAACCAUUUUUCAAACCAUCGAAACGUCAUUAUAAACGUAUUGAUGAAUGUUUACGACGUUCAUGUUUAACAUUUAAUGUUAUACUUAAAUGGGAACCAAAUAAUAAUCAUGAAAUGUCAAAUAUUUCACCAAAUUCAUUGGAAGAAUAUUUUCAAUAUUUAAAACAGCAAAAAAAUUCGAAUGAUCCGAUCAUUUCCAAAAUGACAAUCGAAAAAUGUAUUCCAAAUUAUCGUUCAUUUUAUCAACAAGUGGAUAGAAUUUUCAAUGUAAAAACAAUAACAAAUAUUGAAAAUGUUGAUGAAAAUGAAUUGGCCGAUUUUAUUGAAUGGUGUUCGGCACAAAUGGCUCAAAUAAAAUGUCAAACAAACGAUCUGGAAGUAUCGACAUUUCAAUUGGAUACAUCACAAUCGAUUCCUGUUGCCAAACCAAACAAUUUACUAUAUGGUGUACAAAUUGAUGGUUUUUUUAUCAGCACAAAUGUAAAGAAAUUAAUCCAAACUCUUAAACCUUUUAUUUUCAAUUUUGAUCAAACGGAUUCUUCUUUAAUGGUGAAUGCAAUGAUUGUACAUGGAUUUGAAAACAAUCCACAAUGUUGGUCAGGAACAAAUAAUGAACAUUAUAAACAUCUUUCGGGAGAAAAUCUUUAUGGUUUUAGUGUUUUGAAUUCAAUGUUCAGAUUAAUUUGGUGCCAAAGUGAUGAUUAUGAUUAUGGAAUUGAAAAAUUCUAAUUAGAAUUAAUUCGAUUGAAAUUCACUAUCGCGAUGUAUCGAUUGU